UUGAGUGUGGAUCAAGCGGAGUUGGGUUUUCUGCGUGUCAACAGCACCGAUUUCCACGCGCAGAGGGAAUCAGUGCGCGUGCAUUCCUUCACGGUGAUUGUAGAAAUGCGCAAAAACUCGCGGCGACGGCGGUCGAGCUGGAAAAGCCCACUGGAAUGACAACUCCUGUGUUUGGAUCAUUUCUAACGGAUUACCCGAAAGUGAACAUAAGAUAACAGCCAUGCUGCAUUUACUAUGCCUCUUGUGCUUCGUGGGCAUAUCUGAUGCAGUCACGGAUCUCACAAUGACCUCUAAUGGUGCCACAUCUGCUAGUCAUUUCCGCCUCUCUUGUAUUUCUGGAGAGCGUGAUACAGACGGAAUUCAGCUGAGCAUCACGAAGGACAACAGCAUUGUCCUUCGUGCAGAUUCGCCACAUUUUAAUGUGGAGACGCCACAGACUAAAGAAGUGGUGGCUACUGGAUUCACAGGCUUUGACCACAGUGGGAUUUUCUACUGUCACUCAAAAAGAGGCUCUGACCAACCUGCCAACAUUACACUCAUUAACAACUUCAGCAAAGGUAAAUUUAAACCAGUGAGAGUCACUAUGACAGCCAGUAAAGGAGAAGAAGUGAAACUAAUCAUGGAUGUAGUUGGGGCAGAAAGACGAGACAUUCAUUGGAAAUUCAAUGGUAACUACCACUACAUGACUCCUAUUGCUGAUGUUCAAAACCACACAGUAGUUCUGGAUCUGAUGAAAGUUGAUGAAAGCCAUACAGGAAUUUACAGUGUCAGCUAUAUUGGGGAAAGUGCUCUUUAUAGUGCCUGGAUCCGCCUCAUCGUUCGUGAAUGUCCAAAGAAUAUAUGGGGCUCCGACUGUGACAAAGACUGUCCCGAAUGCUUGAAUGGAGGUGUGUGCCAUGACAAAGAUGGAGACUGCGUUUGCCCUCCGGGGUUUAUGGGAAUGCGCUGUGAGACAGCCUGUCGAGAAGGAAUGUUUGGUAGGAACUGCCAGGAAUCCUGUAAGUCUGAGAAUGGAUGCCAGGGUUUGAGUUUCUGUCUCACGGAUCCUUACGGCUGUUCUUGUGCAAGCGGCUGGCAUGGAGAUCGCUGUCGUAAACCCUGUCUUGAAGGAAUGUACGGCGCUGACUGUCUUUUAAGUUGCAACUGCAAAAACAAAGGCAAAUGCAAUCGAUUCAGUGGCUGCCAAUGUCCUACAGGCUGGAGAGGGCAAUACUGUGAGAAAUCAGAUCGUGCACCAGAGAUUUUGGACAUGCCCAGUAACCUGGAGGGAAACUUGAACUCCAGCCACAAGAUCACAUGUUCUGCAACAGGCCAUCCUCUGCCUAGCCAUAUGAGUAUUGAGCUACGCAAACUGGAAAGCACCAUUUUUAAGGCAUCCCACACUACCACGGACUCCAAAAAAAGCACAGCUCACUUUGAGAUCCCAAGGCUGUCUGCAGAGCACAAUGGUUUGUGGGAAUGUCGAGUCUCCACCAAUGGUGGGCAGGAUUCCUUCAAGUUUAUCCUAACAGUGAAAGAUCCACCCUACCCAGCCACUGCUCCUAAACUAAUAUCGAGGAGUAGCAAACAACUAGUUGUAAAGCCUGUGGACACUUAUAUGGGUGACGGUCCCAUUGUUUCAACUAAGCUACUUUACAAGCCAGUGAAUACAGAAGACUCCUGGUCCUCCAUUAUAGUGUAUGGCAGCGAUCAAAUUACAUUACCGAAUUUGAAGCCUUCAACCAGAUACCAUGUCCGUGUACAACUCACUCGCCCAGGGGACGGAGGAGAAGGUCCUUUGGGUCCAAAGGCAAUCAUGGAGACUGACUGCCCAGGUCCUUCUUCUCCAAGGAACGUCCAGGCACAUGCUCUGUCCAUCAGUGCAGUUAGGCUUCAAUGGCAACCGCCUGAGGACCCCAAUGGAGGCAUUGUAAAGUACAGCAUUGAAUACCAGCCAGUGGGCCAGAGCAGCUUUCACCCUUGGGUGGACACAGAUGAUGGCAACAAAACCACAAAAGAUGUGACAUCCCUUAAUGUGAGCACAUCAUACCUGUUCAGAGUGAGGGCUUUCUCCAAGGUGCCAGGAGAGUGGAGCAAGUUUGUAGAAGCCAGGACACGUGGAGACGGAUUCUCCAACUAUAUUCCCACCACCCAGCAAGUUGGAAGGCCAAUAGCUGAGGAUCAUCAGCUUCUUUGGGCUGUGGUUGGGUCAGUGGCUGUAACCUGUGUGACCAUUCUUCUGGCCCUUUUGAUUCUCUUCUACAUUCGUAAAUCUGUCCUUAAACGAAAGCGGACAUUCACCUAUCAGUCUGGAUCGGUGAGUAGACACUUUAUUUUGUCUCACAACUCAGGGACUCUCACACUGACCCGGCGACCAAAACCUUCCCCAGAGCCCCUCACCUAUCCCAUACUGGAGUGGGAGGACAUUAAGUUUGAGGAUGUCAUUGGAGAAGGAAACUUUGGUCAGGUCAUCAAGGCCAUGGUCAAAAAAGAUGGCAUAAAAAUGAGUGCUGCGAUUAAAAUGCUUAAGGAGUUCGCCUCAGAGAAUGACCAUCGAGACUUUGCAGGCGAAUUAGAAGUGCUGUGUAAAUUGGGCCAGCAUCCGAACAUAAUUAAUCUAAUCGGUGCCUGUGAAAACAGAGGUUACCUUUACAUUGCCAUUGAAUAUGCACCUUACGGAAACCUUUUGGACUUCCUAAGAAAGAGCCGUGUCCUAGAGACUGAUCCUGCUUUUGCUAAAGAGCACGGAACGGCCUCCACACUCACCUCCCAGCAGCUCUUGCAGUUUGCUGCUGAUGUAGCAACUGGCAUGCAUUACCUUAGUGACAAACAGUUCAUCCACAGAGAUUUGGCAGCCAGAAAUGUACUCGUGGGAGACAACCUAGCUGCUAAAAUUGCAGAUUUUGGCCUCUCACGUGGGGAGGAGGUGUACGUGAAAAAGACCAUGGGAAGACUGCCUGUGCGAUGGAUGGCCAUAGAGUCACUAAACUACAGUGUCUACACCACUAAGAGUGAUGUGUGGUCUUUUGGAGUUCUUCUGUGGGAAAUUGUAAGUUUAGGUGGGACUCCAUACUGUGGGAUGACCUGUGCUGAGCUCUAUGAGAAGCUUCCUCAGGGCUAUAGAAUGGAGCAGCCCAGGAACUGUGACGAUGAAGUGUAUGAACUUAUGAGGCAGUGCUGGCGAGAUAGACCCUAUGAGCGACCGCCAUUUUCACAAAUAUCCGUCCAGCUCAAUAGGAUGCAAGAGGCACGGAAGGCCUAUGUCAACAUGGCUCUGUUUGAGAACUUCACUUAUGCUGGAAUAGAUGCUACAGCUGAAGAGGCCUGACUACCAGCCCCCCCAGACCCAAGAAGGCUUCAUAACCCAAGGGAGGCUCAUCACAGUAAAGCUUUACGCUACUGUCACUCCCCUGUGGUCAGGUUCCAUUGUUCAAAGAAACACUCCACCAAAACCACAUGGCUAUAGAGUACAGACUGUGAAAGGACACUCUUAUGAGCUGUUAUGACUCUCGAUUCUAGAAGGAUUCAUAUCUCAGGAUGUUGGAUUACUCAAGAGGAAAUGGAACCUACAAUAUAAGCUACAGAUGUGUAGCACACUGGGUCUGUGGGGAGCUGGACAAUGCACUGAACUUCUUUUCCAUCUUUUAUUGGGAGAAUCUUUGUGUGAGGUUGUUAAAACUUGCAUUCAUCAAAUGAAAAAUGGAAGAAAAAAAACUGCCAGUAUUAUUCAAUGUAGCACUUGAAAAAAGCGAUGUAUCGUUCUCAUUGAAACUCAUUUGUUUGGCUUGAGUGAGUUCUGUACAUAAUGUUAAUGUUGUUUAUCUGACCGUAAAAAGCCACUAAGAUCUUGUUUUUUGUUUUUUACAUAUAUGUCAUGUUAUAGCCGUCCUGUAAUCAUUAUAAGUAUGUUAAGAAGAACGUCUUUACUUAAAUAAAACAUCUAAGUGGUAA